AUUUAUGCUUAAAUAAUAUUAUCUUUUGAACAUAGUUUGCAUAAAUUGAAGGAUAUAAAAUUUUAUACACACCCAAUUGAGCUCUACCGAUGAUUUAUUUAAGACUAAAGUAUACUGUAUACGUGUAGGUCGUAUGGACCUGAGAAACUUAAAAUUCGAUCUGAAAUUCAACUACCAUUCUAAAUUUUUUCUUUAAUUAGAAGAUUCCUUGAACUGCCACAAAAACAAAAGCCGAUGGUUUGAAUACGAACUAACUAUUUAUGCAAAUUAUCCCAAUAUGAGUUGAAACAGUUUCUCUCUUGAUAGAUCGCACAAACGAAGAAGAAAUAUUAACCGAAGAAGAAAGUCCAAUUGUAAUGAAGAAAUAAUUGGAAUUUGAAGCCAACAUCUUUCCGGGUUAUGGCCUCGAGUGGAGGUGCGAUGGCGUCGUUCAUCUUGCUGGUCUACGCGGCCUUCCUCGCGGCUAAAACUGCAGCUGGCAGCGCAGCGGUGCUCACAGGCACCGAGUCGACGACAGCUCUGCCCCCAGCUGGAUACGCUGAAGGAGUCGCUGCCAAGUUCCCACUGAACCAAGUAGUGGCAUUCAGAAGACCAUCUACCGUCACUACCACCACCAACACCACCGCCAGGACGGGGGAUGUGGUCUUUCUGCCAUGUGAAACUCCUCAGUCUAUGGGCAAGCAGGUUUCAUGGGUGCGACGCAAUGACUGGCAUAUCCUGACCAUUAUCGUAGGAGGCAUGACAAGCAUGUCGCAGCUGGUGCACCUCUCAGUCGUCACGCCGCGGGCCGUCAUCCCUGGCAACGGCGAGUAUCACGUAGAUGCUGGCUCCACCAUCUCCCUUACCUGCUUCAUCGAGGAGAGUCAAGUGCCGCCACAGUUCAUCUUUUGGUACCACAAUUCCCGGAUGAUCAAUUAUUACAAAAGACGUGGGGGCAUAUCCGUGGAAAUCGACUCUAAGCCGAGAGUUCGAUCCCGACUCACCAUCACUGAUGCGAGUCUAACGGACUCAGGCAACUACACGUGUGAUGCAGCCAACACUGAGCCCGACAGCAUCACAGUGUACAUCACGCAGGGUGAGUGUGAUGCAGCCAACACUGAGCCUGACAGCAUCACAGUGUACAUCACGCAGGUGAACCAAAUCGCGGCAGUCCAGCCUCGGGAUGUGGAAGCGCUUGGAAUCUCUCGAGGCCAACAGCCGGAAUUGGUGGCUUGGGGCCCGCUGCUGUGGCUGUUGCUCAUAUUCUUGGCCCGGACCCAUGGCGAUUUCGGCCGUCCCAGUGGCAAUGUCUGCCUAAAAGGCGACCGUCACAACUACUGUCUAAAUAACGGCGGCGGCAAUUGUCGCCUAAAUGCCGAGGGUCUAAAAUCUGACACAAAUUGUGGCGGUGAUGUGAAGCACUGCAGCUGCCACCGCUUGCCCGUCCAUGAAGACACAAGUCGAGGUUAUGCGCAGGACGACCAAAACAUCGCAAAGGUCAGCAAAAGCUUCAGCAAACAAGACGCCAAAAAGAAGAUCAGUGUCAAGCAAGCAGUUUCUUUUGAGAUACGAAAGUGUGAAAAUGAAUUCAAACUACUUAAUAAUCAAAAUUGUUUUAUGAAUUGUGAACUGUUGCUCUUCAAGAAUAAUAAAGUUAGCAACACCUCACACUGACGCGAGACAAACAGAUGCAAUGACUUGUAAAUAAGAAAGUGUUCAUUUAAAUUGGCGAUGAACAAUUAACUAGCAAUUAGUGUUUAGAAAAAAUACUAGAGAAUAUAUCUCAUUGUUACGCUAUAGGCUGUCCUGCUAUAAAAUAUCUUCGCAAAUUUUGAAUUCGAAUGAAGACACGAAGUUUCUUAAUCAAAACCCAACACACGACAAAAAAAACACUUUUAUUAUACUUGCGAAUUGAGAGAAAUCAUUAUUUUCAG